AGUUGUCUUCGUGGAGCAGGCGGAUUUAUCGCGUUGUUUACUUACAACCUCUCAUCCCUUGCUUCCAGGCCCUUCCCUUCGCGGCUCUUCUUCGUUGCCUCAACUGUUAAUUAAUUAAUUAACAACAACAUGUUGGGCUACGGAGUAUUGCUACUGCCAUUGGCGGCGGCAAUUGGCAAUGCGGCGAACAUCGAUGCGAUCAAGCGUCAGCUGCCGAAUGAGCCGACCGGCGUGAAGACCAUCACGUCUCCGAAUAAUGUCACGAUCCGGUAUAAGGAACCUGGCAAGGAGGGAGUCUGCGAGACCACGCCCGGUGUCAACUCCUACUCCGGAUACAUUGAUCUCGCGCCGGAUUCGCACACGUUCUUCUGGUUCUUCGAAUCGCGCCAUGAUCCUGCCAAUGCUCCAAUUACGCUAUGGCUGAAUGGUGGUCCGGGCAGUGACUCGUUGAUUGGGCUUUUUGAAGAACUUGGACCGUGUCACGUCAAUGCUAGCUACGAUAGCUACCUCAACCCGUACUCAUGGAACGAAGUGUCCAAUCUGUUGUUCCUGUCUCAGCCUCUUGGUGUCGGAUUCUCCUACGCUGAGAAAGAACCCGGGUCGCUGAAUCCUCUCACUGGCGAAUAUGAGGAUCCAUCCUUCGCUGGCGUUCAGGGUAGAUACCCAGUGAUCAACGCGACUCUGAUCGACACGACCAACCUCGCCGCCGUAGCUGCAUGGGAGGCUCUCCAGGGAUUCUACUCCGCUCUGCCGCAGCUAGAUUCAGAAGUGAAAUCCAAGAGCUUCAACCUAUGGACGGAAAGCUACGGCGGUCACUACGGACCUGCCUUCUUCAAUCAUUUCCACGAGCAGAAUGAGAAGAUCGCAAAGGGAGAAUCCCAAGGCGUCCAACUGGAAUUCAACACGCUAGGUAUCAUGAAUGGUAUCAUCGACGAGGCCAUCCAGGCGAACUACUAUCCUGAAUUUGCCCGAAACAACACAUAUGGCAUCGAAGCUGUCAACGAGACUGUGUACAAUUAUAUGAAAUUCGCCAAUACCAUGCCCAAUGGAUGUCAGGAUCAGGUUAGUCUGUGCAAGCAGACGAACCGGACUUCCCUGAGUGACUAUGCCCUUUGCACGGAAGCUACCAACAUGUGCCGAGACAAUGUUGAAGGGCCAUACUAUGUAUUUAGUGGUCGGGGCACCUACGAUAUCCGCCACCCUAGCGCUGACCCAACUCCCCCCAGCUUUUACGAACAAUACGUAACCCAAGACUACGUCAUGAACGCCAUCGGCGUAGACAUCAACUACACCUCUUCCAACGACGAAGUCUACUUCGCAUUCCAACAAACCGGCGACUUCGUCUGGCCCAACUUCCUAGACGACCUCGAGGAAAUCCUCGCUCUGCCCGUCCGCGUCUCCCUCAUCUACGGCGACGCCGAUUACAUCUGCAACUGGUUCGGCGGAGAGGCCGUCUCCCUAGCAGCUAACCACUCCACUGCAGCGAAUUUCCGCGCUGCCGGCUACGUCCCCAUGACCGUUAACGGUGUCGAGUAUGGCGAGACUCGCGAGUAUGGCAACUUCUCCUUCACUCGUGUCUAUGAGUCCGGGCAUGAGGUGCCGUAUUAUCAGCCUAUUGCUGCUCUGCAGCUGUUUAACCGUACCGUCUACGGUUGGGAUAUCGCUAAGGGCGAUACCAAGAUCUGGCCAGAGUAUAAGACCAAUGGCACUGCGAAGGCUACACAUACGGAGUCCUACGUCCCUCUACCGACGAUCGCGCCCAAUGCUACGGUUGGAGUCGGUGCGGGUCAGAUGCCUAAUUAUCCCGCUUAAGGAACAUGGAUGACGGAUCUCGCCGUCCCGGGCAUCUUGGUUCCAUUCGUUUCUGUAUAUAUUCUCUUUGGUUAGCAUUCGGCUAACUGUAUCCCGUCGUAUUCUUUUCGACACGUACCACCAACCUCAUAAGAGGCUGUUGAUUCGUACAUAUAAUCAUGAGAUGUUAGUUACCUUUGCUUCUCAGAAAGACUCCGUGAAUAUAAACGAGUGUAGUUGCACUACGUGGUUCUAGUAUUUUUCUUAGGUUUAGUUAGACGGCAUUAGUCUGAAAAAGCCUGACCAAGGGACGUCGAGAUAUCCCAACAGGUGGAAGACAUCAAUUUAUGUCAGUACACAA